AGACCGUAUCAUCGAGUCGGCCCGUGUUGAACAACUCACUAGUGCCUUGAACGUUGACUCCACAACGACUCCCUGACCCCGCCACCAUGAAGGUUCUGCUGAUUAUUGCUACAUCACUCAGCUUCGGCUACAGUUCAGUCUUGCCUCGCGUGACCGAGUGCAACGAAGGCUACUUCGAAUGCAGCAACGGACUGUGCAUCCCCAACUCGUUCGUGUGCGACGGCGUCUAUGACUGCAUCACUGGCAACGAUGAGACCAACUGCAGCGCCGCGGAAGACAAGACCGGUGACUGCAACGACGCCUCCUACCAAUGCGACAACGGCUUGUGUGUUCCCAUCAGCUAUGUCUGCGAUGGCGUCUAUAACUGCAUCGGCGGCGACGAUGAACUCGGCUGUCGUCCCGCAGAGACCAAAGAAAAAAGCUUGGAGGCCAAAGAUGGCUGUUCUGAGGAAUACUUCACAUGCAGCAACGGCCUGUGCAUCCCAGUCGCGUAUAGGUGCGACGGCGUUUACAACUGCGUCAGCGGCAAUGACGAAACCGAUUGCUCUUAAGCAGGGUCAUUCAUGUUAUUAAGCUCUGCUGAGUACAUGACACGGGUUUUAUUACCACCAUACUUAAUAAACGUCAAAAUUGAAAUGUAUUUAAUUAUUUUUGAUCUCAUUGCUACAAUCCGUUCCCGAACAAUCAAAUCGAAAGUAUAUCAUCAAAUGGUAUAUUUUAAGGUUGGCAUUUAGAAUUCUAGAGGCGGUAUGUUACGAACAAAAAUUAAUAUACGUUUGAUACACGUAAUUGAUUUAAAUACAUGAAAUACCCACCGUUCAGGUACUGAGCUAAGCUGACCCCCAGUCGGGCACGUCUCGGGCUAGAGUAUGGAAUUUUUAUGGUUUAUUACCAGAAAAAAAUAUCAGAUACUUUC